AUUUCAUAUCCUUAAAAAUUUCAGUAAUAAGAAUAUUUGAAAUCAUGGCUACACAACCCCUCGGCUUGAGAUCAGAAAGUGUCAAUCGUGUGAGGUAAGCAAGUGUUGCUGUAGCUGCAUUCAACCUCCAUUAAAGGUAAGUGAAACAUGUAAAUAUGUCUACAUUGAGAAUCUCCAGUCCAUCAUCUAUGAACAAACGGUCUCCCCUUCGAAGUGAAAGUCUAAUCUAAAGUGUACACUUCCGGUGCGAAAGUCUUUUUAAUUCUUCGUUCUCAAUGAAGCACAGCACUUCAUCAGUGACUGAGCACGACAGUGGCCAGGAUAUUUUACCAAUGUCCUCUCAUCCACCAUCUGCGCCAGAAUUCAGCAGCGACAAGGAGUCCUAUACUGUUUCUCCCCCAAGUGCCGAUAAAUUUCUCGAAAAUGGCAGCAAUACACCCUCGAAAAAUGGGAUGCCCAGUGUAUUGAGACAGAAUAUCUUCAUGAUUUUCAUUACCUUGACCCAACUAGUCCAGAUGAUUCCUUUGGGUGCUGGUAUUAAUUCAAGUUUUGCUAUUGGGGCAGCUUUGGGCGCUACAGAGGCUCAGUCGGUUUGGAUUGUUGCCUCAUACCCCUUAACUCAAGGAACUUUCGUUCUGAUUGGUAAGGUGUCUGACUGUAUUAUGUUUUGGUCGGACGUAACUGACAUGUCAUUAUUACUACAGGCGGUCGUUUAGGUGCGGUCUAUGGUCACAAAAACGUCUUCACCGCUGGUUGCGUUUGGUGGACUCUUUGGGCUUUAUGUGGUGGAUUCUCCGACAAUUUGAUAUCCAUGUGUAUUAUGAGAGGCCUCUGUGGAAUCGGCGGUGGUCUCAUGAUACCGAACAUUGUGGCUUUGCUAGGCAUCACUUUUCCACCCGGGAAGAAACGAAAUUUGAGCUUCGCUCUGUUUGGCGCAAUGGCACCAGUCGGGGCUGCGGGUGGUUCUCUUGUCGGUGCGGUUAUUAUCCAACUUUCUGAUUGGAAAUGGCUUUUUUUCAUGCUGUAAGCUGUGAUGAUACACUGUGACAGAUUUAAUUCACUAAUUGCACACAGGGGUCUACUAGGAUUUGUAGUUUAUGGUGUUGCUAUUACGGCGGUUGAUGCAGAUAUCCCUAUUGAUCCGAAAGGAACCGUUGAUUGGGUUGGGUCUUAUCUCGGAAUCGCUGCACUCAUCUUGUUCAACUUUGUCUGGAAGUAGGUUCUAAAUCCGUUAUUCUCCUGCCAAAGAAGCUAACACAUUCACAGUCAAGCCCCACUCGUCGGAUGGAAUAGUCCUUACGAGAUCGCACUUCUUGUCGUCUCUGUGCUCCAUUUUGCUGGGUUCGUGUACUGGGAAAUGGAAGUUGCUACAGAACCAAUUCUACCAUUCAAUAUUUGGAAAGCACCUUCUUUUGGACUGCUUAUGCUAACAAUCUUCUUCUCUUUCAUGAGUUUGGGCAUCUUUUUUUGGUACAUGAAUGCAUAUAUGCAAAAUAUCCGCGGAGACAGCCUUAUUCUUACUGGCGUUCAGUAUUUACCACUUACUAUAGUCGGAUGUGCUGUCGCCUUUCUUGCGGCAUGGCUCGUUCCCCGGGUGCCGGCACAGGUCAUCAUAGGCAUGGGGUGUUUAGCAAUGGUCGUUAUCAACGCCCUUCUCGCAACUAUUCCGGCUAAUCUCACUUACUGGGCGAUGGCUUUUCCAGCUAUGUUCAUAUCUGCUUUCACUAUUGAUCUGAUCACCACCAGCGCUCAGAUCAUUGCAAGUAACACGGUGCCAAUGAAGUAUCAAGGUGUCGCAGGUUCAUUAAUAGGCACACUCCUUGGUUAUGGUUUGAGCACCGGUUUGGGUUUUGCUGGGACGGUGGAGAUGAACACAAACGACAAUGGAGAUAAUUUGCUCAAGGGUUAUCAUAGUGCUGCAUAUUUGGGAGUCGGUCUGGCAAGUGCUGCUUUCAUUAUCAGUGUGAUUUUUAUACGCAUACCCAAAGAUACCCGGGAAGGCUGGGCGGAGGAUGAUACGCAUGCUAGAGAACGAGGACAGCUAUGAGUGGCCAUGCUUAUAGAUGACUUCUAUAGUGAAGAUCAAUG